UCAAAUGUGGUGCUCACUCUGCCAAUCGCUGGAGGACAGAGUGGGAACAGGAAUAAGCAGAGUUAGGAGGCCAGGACAAAAGAAGUUAAAGAGCGCCUAAUAUAUACAUGUUUUUGAAGGCGGGCAGAGGGAAAAAGGUCCCCCCAGUGAAGGUCUAUGAGCCUGAUUGUGUAGUUCUGAUGGAGCCCCCUUUGAGCAAGAGGAACCCGCCAGAGCUGAGAUUAGCGGAUUUGGCAACGGCUCAGGCCCAGCCGCAUCAGAAUAUGACAGGCUUCCCGGCGCUGGCCAGCCCGCCCGCCCACUCCCAACUCCGAGCUGCUACCACGCACCUCCACCCGCGGGACCUGGGUACUGACCCCGGCGUGGCCGUCACUGCGCUUGGACCCGAGCACAUGGCCCAGGCGAGCGCUCAGAGCCUCAGCCCUCCUUCCCAGGGGCUCCCGGCGCAGUCCGAGGCUCCAGCGGCUGCUGCCCGCCCUGUGGCCGUAGUCGCGCACCCAGGCUCCGGCACCUACCCCGGCGGCGGGGGCAGCAGUGGCGCGCAGUCCUCCGCGCCCCCGCCCCCAGCCCCUCCUCUUCCUCCCUCCCCUUCACCCCCUCCUCCUUCCCCUCCCCCGCCUCCUCCUUCUGCCCUAUCGGGCUACACCACCACCAACAGUGGCGGCGGCGGCAGCAGCGGCAAAGGCCACAGCAGGGACUUCGUCCUCCGGAGGGACCUUUCCGCCACGGCCCCCGCGGCGGCCAUGCACGGGGCCCCGCUCGGAGGGGAGCAGAGGUCCGGCACCAGCUCCCCCCAGCACCCGGCCCCGCCUCCCCACUCGGCCAGCAUGUUCAUCUCUGCCAGCGGCACCUACGCGGGCCCGGACAGCGGCGGUGGCCCGGCGCUCUUCCCCGCGCUUCACGACACUCCAGGGGCUCCCGGCGGUCACCCACACCCGCUCAACGGGCUGGCCGGGCCGCCACCGCCACCGCCCCCGGCCGGCGGCGCCAAGCCCUGCUCCAAAACUUUCGGCACCAUGCACGAGCUGGUGAACCACGUCACGGUGGAGCACGUGGGCGGCCCGGAGCAAAGCAGCCACGUCUGCUUCUGGGAGGACUGUCCACGCGAAGGCAAGCCCUUCAAGGCCAAAUACAAGCUCAUCAACCACAUCCGCGUGCACACUGGCGAGAAGCCCUUCCCCUGCCCCUUCCCGGGCUGCGGCAAGGUCUUUGCACGCUCUGAAAACCUCAAGAUCCACAAGCGCACUCAUACAGGGGAAAAGCCUUUCAAAUGUGAAUUCGAUGGUUGUGAUAGGAAGUUUGCCAAUAGCAGUGAUCGAAAGAAACAUUCCCAUGUCCAUACCAGUGACAAGCCCUACUACUGCAAGAUCCGAGGCUGUGACAAAUCCUACACUCACCCGAGUUCUCUGAGGAAGCACAUGAAGAUUCACUGCAAGUCUCCCCCACCUUCUCCAGGAGCCCUUGGUUACUCAUCAGUGGGGACUCCGGUGGGUGCCCCCUUGUCCCCUGUGCUGGACCCAGCCAGGAGUCGCUCUAGCACUCUGUCCCCUCAGGUGACCAACCUCAAUGAGUGGUACGUUUGCCAGGCCAGUGGGGCCCCCAGCCACCUCCACACACCUUCCAGCAAUGGAACCACCUCUGAGUCUGAAGAUGAGGAAAUGUAUGGGAACCCUGAAGUUGUGCGGACGAUACAUUAGAAUUUAUCAUUAUUAAUAAGUGGGAGUCCUUGGACCAUAUCCUAACCUGAGACAAUGCCGAGCCUGAGACAAACGUGUGACUCAGACUUGCUACUGGUCUAAUUAGCCCUAUUUAUUCAGUAUGAAACCCUAUGGUGUUUGUACAUUUAAUUAAUUUAAUUAAGAUAUUUGGGCUUUUUUUUUCUUUCUUCUUAAAAAAGCAAACAAAAAACAACCAAGCUGGACUUGUACAUUGCAGGGAGACAGGGCUGAGGGCGAAUUGUACCAAGGAAAAUGAAUGGAGACAUUAACCGAGAUACACACUGCCGAUACAUAUAUAUGUGUGUGCAUAUGUGUGUAUAUAUCACACACAUAUAUGCAUGUAUGUGUAUAUAUUUAAAGGGGGGAGAAGAUGAGCAUUAAGUCAGAACUUCACACAGCAACCAGGCCCUCUGCGUUUCCCGGAGUGCCUCUUGAAUGCCUUUGACACCGUAACGUAGGCUGCUUUUGAGCCUCCUUGUCAAGCCCUAAUUCUGCAAAGGCCUCUUGAUUGUAAACCACACACUUGCUGCAUCGCCAACAGAUCUUGGACUGUGCCUGUGUCCAAAAGUAUUUGUAAAAGCCCUUUAAGUUCUAAUAUUUAUAAUUUUUAAUUUUCAUGCUUUUAUUACUGAUCUCAUCUUAACAUGAUAUUUUUAUACAGGAUUAUUUCUUCAGAACCCUUCCUUGUGUGAUUUUUAAAAAAAAGUGCAGCAACCUUAAUCUAUCUCCAUGUAUUGUGCUACUGUGAUUGUUCAAGCAAAAGUGGAGAGAAGAAAAGCUGCUGCAAGAGACAACUGUGAAACUGUGAUCUUUUAUAAAAUAGAAGAAAUUCAAGUGCUUUCUUUUUCCUCUCUGGAGUUUUUUUUUUUCUUUUGUUUUUGUUUUGUUUUGUUUUUUUUUUAAUCUGAAAUCUCAGAUGCUGCCUUCUUACUGUGUCCAAACUUCUUGUGUAAUAAAGAGAUUGUUUUGAGUAUAAAUUCUUUGGGAUGCCAACAUUGACAGUCAAGUCUGAGGAGGUGUGAUGCCUUUUUUUUUUUUUUUUUGAAAGCUGUUGUUUUUGAAACGGGCCAACUCCUCUUUUAUACUAUUGUGUCAACCUUUAAAAAAAAAAAAGUCUCUAUUUUUUACUGCCUAAAUGCAUUUGAGUGCAUUUUAUUCCACCUGAGUACUGAGCACCCAAACUCUCUUCUUGAAAAUGAUAAUGUGAAAUACAUGACUUACAUUGAAAGAGGGGAGGGAGUUGCUAUACAUAUUAAAAUUUUUAAAAGGUUUAUAGUUACUACCAAACAUUGAUGAAUGUGUGACCUUUGCCAGAGCUGUCAAGCUAGGAUAAAAAAGGUCAAGGACCUAGGACAAUAACUCUUAGUCAAUUUAUUUUCGGUUGGUACAACACAUCUCCUGUGCAAAAUGUAGUCCAUCAGAAACAUCAUACAAAUAUACUAAAGAGCACUAAUUUAUCCUCAGAGACCCUGAAGACACCCCCUCCCCAGGGUUUGUAGAAAUUUGUGUGCUGUGAGUGGUUGAUGUAGUCUUGUCAUUGUUAAUAACUUGUAUGUGAACACUUUUAUUUGUACAGUUGAAUUAAUUUAUUUUCAGACAUUGUUUCCCCCCUUCCCUCCCACUCCCCGGAAGAGUUCAAAGCACACCAAAGAAUUAUAUUAUACAUUUUGGUGAAAGAUUAUCAUUUAUGAUUCAUGGUUUAUUUAAAAAAAAAAAGGAAAGGAAAUGGAAAAAUAUAUUUUUGAGCUUACUUGAAUGAACAACGUAAUGUAAAAACCAAGACUCUUCCUGCAUGUCUUUUUUGCAUUGUGUUGAUGAGAUUAUAUAUAGUUUAUAGAUAUAUUACUAGUACAGUGCAUGGUGCUGUCACUUGGAAAGCCUUUCAAUGUUGUCCUCAGAUUGUUACAGUAAUUAUGAAUCAUGCAGACCCUCCUUUAUAAAGAAAAAGACCAUAAAACUUGAAUAUAAAAUAAUUCUACAUUUUAAAAGUUUAUUUGAUUUUCAUAUUAACCACUUUCAAAGUCCUUUCAAAUAGAAAAAUAAGGUAUGGAUUUUGGGGGGAUAAUUUAUGUAUUGUAAAAUUAUUAGGACAAAAUAUUCCUGAUGUAUAAUGAGUUGUUUUAUUUAUACAACUUUUUCAAUGGUAGUUUGCACUAUUCUUUAUUAUGCUACAGGUUUAUUUAUUAUGAAACAAAGGAAUAUGUAUUUUAUGUAUUUGCCAUGCAUAGGUUAACUCUGCCACAGAUUUAUUGGUUCCUGAUACACCUAAAAUAAAAGCUUAAAAUGUGUACCUCCAAUAGAAAGAAAGCAAGAAUGACUAUAAAGUAAGAAAUGUAAUAAAGGUAUUCUUCCUAUGUAUUGCUACAUUUUA